AAGUAUUAUAUUAUAUGAUACUAAACAAAGUCCACAUUUUAUAAUUGAUUCACAUUUAAAUUACAAAUUUUUCAUGCACAACAAAUUUUUCAUGCAUUACAACAUCUUAUAAGAAAUAGGUAUUUUAUCAUCAUAUAUGAAAGAAUGUUGCAAGCGAUAAAGUCACACAUUUUAUGGGACGACCUUGUAAAUUAAGACCUUUAAACCCGAAUUGAUCAUAUAAAUAUAAUGUAAUGAUAUAAAUAUAAUGACGAAGACAAAACAAGGAUUAUCUCAGAAUGCUCACAAAAAUAUGAAAUCUUGCUCAAUAGAAAAGAAUAUUCUCCGAAAAAUUUGAUUUGUUAUUAAAUUAAAAGUCUUAUGAUAACCAAUUCGGCAACGUAGACCAGGCGGUAAGUUAUACACAAUCCAUAAUGGCACACUUAUUUGGAUGUCACACAGACAUCUAUACGACAUUGUAUAAAUAUCCUGACAUCCACUCGACGUCUCUCAGAUGAAAUUUGCUGCGUGGGACUAAACAAUUCAUAUUUUAAAAGAUUAAAUAUUGCGACAGUAAAAUAUUAAAAUAUGUUAUUUAAAGAAUUUGUAAACACUCCUAUUUAAACGCGCGUUAGAUUGCUAAAUAACCGUAUGUUUUUUUAUUUAAUGUGUGACACACUAAUGGAUUAUAUAAUAUGAAGGAGAUAUUAAUUUAUAAAGGCAUGUAACAAGAAAAGAAUUUAAAAUUCUUUAAUUUUAUCAAGCUUCUACUACAAUCGUGCAUACCCUGACUUAUAUAAGAUAUUAAAACCCCAAUCAAAAUUUAAAUAUGCAGAACAAAAUUUCAAAUUUACUUUACAUUCUGAGUAUUAGCACUAUUAUCAAUCCAUUCUUUAUUAUCAGUGCACACCGAUAUUAUAAUACUCUUUAUGACAACAGUAACAGAGGACCAAAAUUGUCAAAAUUACUAAAAUUAACUGCAGAAAGUUUCAACUUCUUAGUGGAGAAUCAACAUUAUUUGGCUCAGGAAUUAUCGGAUACAACACCGCAGAAUGAAGACACAUAUGAUUUUAUAGUGAUCGGUGCUGGUACAGCCGGUGCAACCAUCGCCGCGAGACUGAGCGAGAUUUCCCAAUUCAAGAUUCUACUGAUCGAAGCUGGUUUCCACGAAAAUCUCUUCAUGGAUAUUCCGCUACUUGCUGCCUUCUUGCAGUGGAACCGUAACAUCAACUGGAAUUAUCGAACCAAAUCGUCCAAUAAGUACUGCCUUGGCAUGAGAGACAAUAGUUGUCCUUAUCCGAGAGGAAAAGUAGUCGGUGGCAGCAGUGUGCUAAACUACAUGAUAGCCAGCAAAGGCACCGCCGAGGAUUACGAUCGUUGGGCUGAAAUGGGGAACGAAGGUUGGGCAUAUAAGGACGUUCUAAAAUACUUUAAAAAGCUUGAAACGAUAGAUAUUCCGGAACUAAAGUCAGAUACGGUCUAUCAUGGUACUGACGGACCGGUACAUAUCACUUCUUCAUUAUUUCAUACUCCGUUGGCAGAAGCUUUCCUAAAAGCUGGCAAGGAACUGGGAUAUCCAAUAGUAGAUUAUAACGGAAAGAACGAAAUAGGAUUCUCAUACAUACAGACCACAAUUAUGAAUGGCACUCGCGUAAGUAGCAAUAGGGCGUACUUGCAUCCCGUGCGUGAUCGUGAUAAUCUGCAUACGACUCUUCGAAGCACGGUGACAAAAGUGUUGAUCGAUCGUAUCACAAAUCGAGCAAUUGGCGUAGAGUUCAUUAAGUAUGAUAAAACUGUACGUGUAUUCGCGAACAAAGAAAUAAUUCUAUGCGCAGGUGCUAUCGGAUCAGCGCAAUUGUUAAUGCUGUCCGGUAUCGGACCAGCGAAACAUCUUACUGAACUAGGCAUCGAUGUUAUCCGAGAUGCACCAGUUGGCGAAAAUUUAAUGGAUCAUGUAAUUUUUUACGGACUAACAUGGACAAUAAACUCAUCGACAAGUUUUAAUUUUAUGGAUUUAAAUCCUAUUAAAUCUUAUAUAACAGAUUUUUUAAUAAAUAGGUCGGGCCCGUUAACAUUUCCGCUCGCCGUUGAAGCUCUCAGUUUCAUUAACACGAAACAUCCUAAAAAACGUAGCGGUCUACCAGACAUAGAACUGAUAUUUUCCGCUGCUACAUAUAAAGAAGAAUUUCUUUUCCCAACGAUAUUAGAUUUUAAAGACAAAAUACGUCGUAUGUGGGGUAAAUAUGCUGGCACUUAUGGCUGGUCCACUGCCCCAAUACUGUUAAAACCAAAAAGUCGUGGUAAGAUAACGUUAUUGGCUAACGACGUUAACGUUAAACCGGAAAUUGUGCCGAAUUAUUAUGACGACCCAGAAGACGUCAGAACGAUGAUUGCUGGAAUUAGAACUGCAUUAAAAAUUGGCCAGACAAAGGCAAUGCAAGCGUUUGGUUCUCAGUUCUUAAAUAUUACUUACACUGAAUGCAACAACUACAAAUAUGAUUCUGAUGCUUAUUGGGAAUGUCAAAUAAGGAUACUAUCUUCCACACUCUAUCAUAUUUGCGGUACUUGCAAAAUGGCACCUAGUGAAGACCCAACUGCUGUAGUCGACCCCAGAUUAAAGGUAAUCGGUAUUCAAGGAUUGCGUGUGGCAGAUGCGUCCAUUAUGCCCGAAAUCAUAUCGACGCACAUAAAUAUACCUAUUUUUAUGAUCGCCGAGAAAGCAGCAGAUAUGAUCAAAGAAGAUUGGAGAUACUAGGAAAAAUUGCAAUAAUAAUGUCCCCUACCUUUUUUUUUACAAAACACAAUAAAUAUUCUAGAAUUAUUUCUUAGCAUUUUACUUUAUAGAGACGUAUCAUGAGACAAUGUAAAUACGUAAAUCUCAUGCAUUAACUGUGAUGCAUUUUUAAAAGUAGUAGUUUCAAAGAGUAAUUGUAGUUAAAGAAAAAAUAUUAUAAAGAUUUAUUCUAUAUACCUGAAAAAUGGAACAAAUAAAUGCAAAAGGAAAUUUAAAUAUA